UUUAUUGCUGGGUUUAGAAAUGAUACUUAAGCAGAAUUUGAUUUUGAUUUAAAUGACAUUUUAACUAUGCACUAAAUUUAAGUUUUCAUUGCCGAGAUAUGGCCUAUAUUUGUGUCGAAUCGCCGUAACAUCCAGCAUAUUUCAUACCUUGACAUCUAUGUGACAUAAAAGGUUAUCUUUUACCUCUCAAGUCGCGUACUUUCAACGUUUAAACGGGUGAAUCUCUAGUCAUUUGCAUAAAUAUUGACUUUGUUAAACUAUGUUUGUUGUUAUUUCAAACUUUCCUAUAAAGUAAGGAUCAGUGAGAUUUGUUUUGGAUUCACCAAGGAAACACUUUUACUAAGCACAAGGACAAUUCUGUAAAUACAUUUACAGGAAAGGUCGACUGCUAAGCAAGUUCUACAUCUGAUAUGAAUUAUUCUCGGCACGUCAUUCCUGAUGGUAUCUAGGUUCAAGAACGCAUAAGAGAAAGAAAGCCAUUUUCCAGCGCCAAACUAGGGAGUUACCUGUACCAUUUUUACCCCUCAGUUUAAUUUAAGGUAUUACUUUCAAGGAAUUAUGGAAGAAAUAGACGAUUUAGAGGAUGUCCAUCUAGAUGAGCUUGAAGACGUACGUGUUACACUGAGAGAUGAAUCUGAGAAUAGAGUUGUUGAAAAAGAAGGUUAUAUGAUGUACGAGUGUCUAGCAAAAACGCUCCAUAGUGUCUUACGACAAAGACCAGAUUACCGAAGUGCCAACAACCACAGAAACGGUACAAAUGAAGACAUGGAUCUUUCAAGUAGGGUUGAAUAUUAUACGAACAUAAGAACACGUACCAAAGAGUGUUGUGGAUCUUCUUAUAACACUCGAAACAGUUUAAGUCUGUCUUGGUACUUCUAGUUGAUGAUAUUCCUGUAGAAGCUUUACAAAACAAUCAGUCUGAAAACAAAGACUAUGACAAUGAGUUUGAUGAAUUUUAUGAGAAAGUUAUUUCGGAUUGCAGCGGUGAGGGUACAUAUCAAGGGUACAUGAAAUUAUGUCUUUAUGCAGCCGCAACAUGCAUUAAUACACCUAUUUACAUUCUUAGUAGGAACGAGAUAGGUCAAAUGCAAUGGUCAUACUUCCAGCCCUUAUUCCGAUAUGACGGUCAGCCUGAGUGUGUUAUCAGCUAUGUAACAAUGUACAUGUCGUCAGACAAAACUUUUCACAAAGUGGAAUCAAAUGAUAUGCUUGCACCGAAACCAAAUGCAACUGGACUGGUUGGCUUGUACAUGUCUAUUUUGGAAGACACACCAGUAACUACAAUAUCGGUGCCAGAUAAGUUACGAAGAUUGUCCACCGCAUCCAAAUCCAAACUGUGUUAUUCUAUUACCCGGGAAAUAGUUCUGAAGUGCUGUGAAUUGUUAAUGGAACGAAGCCUUAUACGACAAGAGGAUUACAACAAGAUGACAGCACAUAGAGCUACUAGGGUUGAAUUUUCGAAGUUCGUGACAAACUCGAAAGAUGCAUUCACUAUUGUAUGUCAGGUAUUGCUCAAACGUCGCGAAAAGACUCUAUUUUCACCAUUCUUGAACAACUGGGGUGUAUUCGCUAAAACAUGCGAUUUUCUGGCAAAGUUCGAUGCAUUGGUUGUUCUUGACAACGCCAUCUAUGAAAGAAAUAUCAGCGUUUCAGCUUUCGUUAAUUAUUGCAAAAUUGGAGGCCAGGAACUGGACGAAAGAAGAAAAAGGAUAACAACAACAGUGAUUGCUAGUUCAUCAAUCGGCAUUGUAUCAGGAGGAAUGGUUAUUGCUGGAUUAAUACUUGCCCCCUUUAGUUUCGGAGCAUCUCUAGGACUUAGUAUUGCGGGAGGUGCUAUUGGUGUGAGCACCGGUGUAGCAGCAGGUACUGCUAGAACAGUUGAGGCAGUCAAACAGAACAAUAAAUUAAAAGACAUCAAAGUGGAACAAGCAGAAAUUCAGCAAAAAGAAGAAAGAGUAGCUGCAGCCCUUGAGAAAACUGAACAGUGCUUCCAAACAACAAUUAGAAAGGCAAACACGACAGAGGGUGAGGGUCCUGGUAUAAGUAGACGUGGAUUUCUUGCUGUUGGCUCAGCCAUAAGAGCUUCACAUAGUAUAGCUGGGAUAACUCUAGCUGCAGUUAGGUUGGGUGCGACUGCUGCUGCGACUGCAGCGGCAGUUUUAGGACCUUUGUCACUUGUGUUUGAUGUAGGGUUCUUAGCAGAGGCUGCCCAUAAUAAGGCUAAAGGCGAUAAAACAAACGCCGGGGAAUUAUUACGGAGUCUAGCCGAGACAGUUGAUAUAAAAUGUAAAAUAUUUAACAGUAUGCUUCGAGGAAAUUGUGAGGAACAUGGGCGCUUAUUUGACUGGACCUAACAAUCUAAUAUGUGAAAAAAAUAUAUAGCAUUUUGCAUUUGAGAUACUUGUCACGUACACUGAAAUUUUUAUUUUUUUUAAUCCAUUCAUUUAAAUAAACAUUUUUAGAAUAUAAAGUAACACCUCGGCAAGAAGUCGAAAAAAUGCAUAGGAACAUUACUUUCCUUAUUUUCAUACAUGAGGCCUAAACUGUCAAACAAAAACACACUGGCAUUAGCCUUAUCAGAUCUGGAUGGCCAACUGUUUGAGCGCUGAAUAUUACGCAGAACAAGUGGACGAAAUGACAAAUAUGUAUUGCUUUUAAUAUACAAAUAAUAUAAGUGCCCCUAUCUUUUAUCAGCAAAUAACAUAUAGUUAUUCCGAUAUCAAAAAUAUUCAAGGUACGGAAAAUGCUCUCCUUAUUGCACUUCAUCCAGCCAUCAUUACAAUUUCUUAAACUUCUAGUUAUUGUCUGGAUAAACUCAAGUACAACAAGUAAAUUAAGUGAAUUUAUAUGCCCCACCGAAUAGGUUGUUUUGUGAAAGAGGGGACUAUGUUUUGAGAGAUAUUUAAUUUCCAGACAUAUUUAUAAAUUUUUAAACAAAUAAAGGGCAAUAAAUCUGCAGUUACUGAAGAGAUCCUGAUGAACGAUUUGCAUGCACCCCGACCUAUAUUGAUCUUUAUUUGUAUCAUGAUCCCUCAAUGCUUCACUUUGUAGUGUUGGAAUUCAUAGAUUGUAUAACAAUUAAAGGGCAAUACUUCUGACGUUUCUGAAGUUAUUCGGAAUUGUGCCUGCACCCCUAUCCUACAGUGAUCUAUAUUUUCCUAAAUUUUCAUGAAGAUUCAUCAAUAGGUCACUAAGAAAUCCCUGUGGUUUACCAAAUUAACGGAAAACUGCUUUAACUGGGCCAAAGGAAAUAUACUACAUGUGAGAAGAGGUCAUGCCUGCAUUAUUAUUUUGGUGAAGUUUUAUGAAUCUAGCUAAAAUACUUCUUAAUUUACAUGUUUUUUUUUUCAUAUCGGACGGACGGACGAACAGCCGGGUGGACAAUGCUGUAUCUAUAAACCUCCACAUUGGGCUAGGAAUAAUAAGUUAGACUUUUUGAAUAUCUGAAAGACUGGAUUUCCUCUCAAUGCCGUCUAUCAAAGUGAAGAUUCCGAAAAUAUCGAAGGCAUCAUCCUAACAAAAUGUGGGACAAUCAGAGUUUAGGCCAGACAUACACUCGCAGCUGGACCAGGAUGGGCUAGAUUGCAUACUCUUGCAGAAGAAACAUUUAUGUAAAUGCUCUGCUUUGUACUUCGUGUUGUUCAAUGUUUUAGUUCCUAAAACUGUGUUUUUCUUUUUAUAUUCCUUUUGUCCGUUUUAGAACAAAUUACCUUUUAAAGAUAUAUUAAAAUAAGAAGAAAAAGGAUAUUUUAAAUUAACGGUUUUCAUGUUACUUCUGUCUUUGUCUUUUCUGUACAAUUUGAAUAUCUGAUAAUUUUAAGAAUUGUUUUAGUUUUCUUUCCAAAGUUUGAUUUAAUGACACACGAGUUACUCCUUUGUGAUAGUUUAAGAAAACCACGAUGCUGAUUCAUUGCAUUAUUAUUUUACAAAUUUGUUCACAAAUAAGAAGUUCCAAAGUGACGAGAGCUUUAAGCCAAAAUACGAAGAAAUCUCAAAACGAGUUGUACUUGUGGAGAACGUUUUCUGAAAUAUAUUUCCUUGUAGUACUUAUAUCUGUGAUCAUUUUAGUUUUGACCAUGUUACUAUUUUACUAAACUAUAGAUUCUUUAUGCCAAUUCCUGGGGAAUCAUUGAAGCAGUAAUUAACACGUUUGCCCCAAAUGAGAGCGGUCUUAAAGCGGAUUUAAAGAGUGAGGUUUGGCGCCAGUAAACUAGUUUAAACUCCCCAGUUGUGUUUUUGCCACUGACCUUUCUAAGGCGGUGUCCUACUGUGUUCUUUCUUCAUGCAUGUUUUAUGUAUGUUUGUCAUUUCUUUUUAAUUGGAGCCUCCAUGGCCGAGUGGUUAAAGUUGUUGACUUCAAACCACUUGCCCCUCAUCGAUGUGGAUUCGAGCCUCACCCGGGGUGUUGAAUACUUUAUGUGGGGAAGCCAUCCAGCUGGCUUACGGAAGGUCGAUGGUUCUACCCAGGUACCCGCUUGUGAUGAAAUAAUGCAAGGAGGGGCACCUGGGUCUUCCUCCACCAUCCAAGCUGGAAAGUCGCCAUCUGACCUAUAAUUGUGUAUGUGCGACGUUAAACCCAAAAUCAAAGACAAAUCUUUCGUUUGAGUUGCUGUGUAUAUGUGCUCAGUUACUUUUACAGUUGUGAGCGUAUACAGUUGUACAUACUAAUAUUUCCAUAUGAAAUGAAGUAUUGGUGGCUGCGCUUCUUGAAUGUGGCUGUUCCUGUUGGUUUUUAUUGGUGCUUGUGAAUAACUUUAGUAUCACACUAUUCGUGGGAUCGGUGACAAUACUUUGUUGUAUCCAUUCUGAGGGUUUUUUUUCUUAGAUGACUAGAUAAAAACUUUAAUAUUAUUUAAUUCUAUUCAAUUACAAACAGAUAAUUAGUCGAGUGUACAUGGUAUUUAAUUGGAAGGCAUCUUGGAUGUUCCGUUAUAGAUUAAGUAUCUACUUUUCUGAUAAAUAUAAACAAAAACAAACUUUUGCUUCCGACUGCAAAACAGAAAUUUACAACAUGUUAAGAUUGGCCAAAUUUUGACUUUUUUAACAAGUCUUUCUGUCGCCCCCGCCAAAACACGUAAUGAUAGUUUUAGUUGUUUUUUUUUUUUUUUUUUUUUUUUUUUAGUUUUGUUUUGUUUUGUUGGUUUUUUUAGUUUGUUGUUUUUAUUUUGUUUGUUUGGGUUUUUUUUUUGUUGUUGUUUUUUCUUUGUGAUGAUUUGUAUCGUUCUUUCGCCCCCGCCAUAAUUAAAGAACGAAACAUUCAGCGCGACAAAAUGAACGAACGCCACGGCGCUCUAAAACUGCCGUAUUGUUGUUCUGCCGUUGAGGAGACUAAAAUAUCGUUCUGUCAUCCGCACUAUUUUUUUUAUUUGUCAUUGUACCCGUUCCUGUGCUCCUAUCAUAACGUCAGGGCGAUGAAAUAAGAAUGCGCAGUGCUAGUUCACAAAAUUAAACAAAAACGGAAUCUGAGAGUACGGUUGUCUUUUUAAACACAUUUUUGGAGUCUAAAUGUUGAAUGCUCACAUUUGCAUAUCACACAUUAAUUUUGUCGACAAAAAUGUGUACCUAAAGAAAUGUACCUUAAGAAUCAAUAGCUUGUAAUUUAUCAUUCUGUCCUUGUGAGUUUUUUGUUUGAUUUGGGUUAAGUGUCGUUUCUUUAAUAGAAUUUCAGUUAUGUAACCGCGGGAGUUAACAUAACCAGUGUUUCUAGAUUAGAUUAUAAACCAGUGUUCCUGGAUUACAAACCAGUGUUCCUGAUUUCAGUACCAGUUAUAACCUGUUCUGCGCAAGUACAUGCAAACUUCACCUGAAUCAGAGUUGGAGGAUAAAUGAUUUCAGAUGAAAUCGUCAAGAAAAACAUACGCCUCGCCCUGAUAUCCGUAUGUCUGUACUCUUAUUGAGCUAAUCAGGCGGGCUACUACUAAACGACAAUAAAGUAAAAAAAUAUCGUUUUUUAUACUAAAUAUUAAAACUCUUUAUUAAUAGAAUUUGGCUAUUAGGUUAAACGGAUGCUUUUUGACGAAUUUAAAUUUAACUUCAGCUUUUGGUGAAUAAAAAACGAUGUUUAGUAAAUUCUUCAUGAUGACAUUACGGAAGCUUUUGUACUAAACGACGAGAGUAGAAAACUAAUUUUUGUACAGUAUUAACCGUUAAUGUUUCUGUGGAAAAUGGAUUAUCACACUUAAUACAUGUUUAUAUUAU